GAGGAAGUCUGCUGGUCAUCAGUCACUCUGGACCUCAUACAACCACCGAGUCUGUGGCUCAGUUAAUCCGGAUUCUUACCUGCUUCCAAGUUCCUAACCAUGAGGACAAACGUAUGGAUUUACCAAGCUUUGGUGUGUGUUGUGGUCACUAUAUUGGAUACAGGUUUUUGUAGAUCUCAUCAGUCAUUACAGAAGUAUGAGAAGACUGACAGUCACAUGCUGGUUUGCACAGACUGCCCUCACCACCCUUUGGUACGAAACAGCCGAUCGCAGGAACACUGCGCCCGCAAGUGCAAGAAGGUCAAGAAAAACUUCAACUGCAGGGCAUUCAACUUUCAGCGGCACAGCAGGAAAUGCCACUUGCUUCCCUUUGACCGUUUCACCCACGGUGUGAAGAAGCAGGCCAACGUUAACUUCACUUUGUAUGAAAAAAAAGAUUAUAUAAGGGAGUGUAUCAUCGGCACCAAGGACAACUACAGAGGGAGGAGGUCUUGGACGAAGUCAAACAUCAGUUGCCAAGCUUGGGCAGAUAAUAACAUCAAUGAACACACGUUUUAUCCUGAUAGGUACCCAACGCAAGACCUGAGGGAGAACUUCUGCAGGAAUCCCAACAACGAUCCCGGUGGUCCGUGGUGCUACACCACAGACCCCAACGUACGAGCUGAGGAGUGUGGCAUACCACAGUGUUCAGAGGAAGUCUGUAUGAAGUGUAACGGGGAAGAUUACCAGGGCAAAAUGGACCAUACAGAGAGUGGUAAAGAGUGCCAGAGAUGGGACUCAGCAAGGCCUCACAAACACCACUUCCAGCCCAAAAAGUUUCGAGACAAAGAUUUAAAGGACAACUACUGUCGUAACCCAGAUAACCGUCUUCGUCCCUGGUGCUACACCAUGGAUCCCAAAACUAAGUGGGAGUACUGCAACAUCACUGUGUGUGACUCUGACUCAAGUGAGGACACAGAUGUCAAUGUAACAAUAUCCUGUAUCCAGGGAAAGGGCACAGAUUACCGAGGCACAAUGAAUGUCACUCCAGAGGGUGUGACAUGUCAGCGCUGGGACUCCCAGUUUCCCCAUAACCACUCCUUUCUUCCUCAGAACUUCAAAUGCAAUUUGUGUAUGUGUUAUAGAGACCUCAGAGAGAACUACUGCCGUAACCCUGAUGGUGCAGAUUACCCAUGGUGCUUCACUACAGACCCUAAUCAGAGGAUAGCCAACUGCACCCACAUCCCCAGGUGUGAUGCUGAGGCCACACAAAAAAUAGAGUGUUAUGAAGACAACGGAGAGACAUAUCGGGGCACUUUAUCCAUUACUCGAUCAGGGAUUCCGUGUGCAGACUGGUCACAUCACAUUAACAGUGGGGAUUCUCACUCUACAGAAUCCCACAUAGGGCUGGAGAAAAACUACUGCCGUAACCCGGACCGGGACAAACAUGGCCCCUGGUGUUACACCAAUCCAAAUAACCGUUUGAUCUGGGACUACUGCAAACUAAAGCACUGUGAAUCAGCUACAGUGACUCCUCAACCGAACAGUCUAACUAGGCCCAAGAUAUCAUGCUUUGUACAUAUAAACACCAGAAUUGUCGGAGGACACCAAGUGCGAGGGACAGAUGGCAGCUGGGUCGUAAGCAUCCAAAGAGAGAAUGUUCAUUUGUGUGGGGGUUCGUUGAUCAGAGAAGACUGGGUUUUAACAGACCAACAGUGCUUCACCUCCUGUGUUCCAGAUCUCAGGGAUUACAGCGUGCAGGUUGGUCUGCGCCACCUCAAUGAAUCCUCAAGCCACCCGAGACUACGCAUCUCUCGCCUGAUCUGUGGCCCAGAAGGAUCCAACCUGGUCAUGCUGAAAUUAGCAGAUCCUGCCCCUGUGUCUGAAGGGGCCUCCACUAUUCAUCUCCCAGUAAAAGAGUGUCACAUCACUGAAGGCACCAACUGCACCAUGUAUGGAUGGGGGGAAACCAAAAAUACAGGAUAUGACGAGGCACUGAACACUGUGACCAUGCCUAUGGUCAACAAUGACAUGUGCUCACAAAUCAAAGGGGACGCUGGGGAAAGCAGAAUAUGUGCCGGCGGCAAGAGAGGAGAAGGCGUAUGUGAUAAAGACAAUGGCGGUCCAUUGGUUUGCCAGGAACAUGAGCGUAAAGUCAUCGUCGGUGUGAGCAUCCAAAGGACAAAAUGCGCCUCAUCGCAGCCUGCGCUUUUUGUUAACGUUGCUUUCUACUCUGAGUGGAUAUACAAAGUGUUCAAACUUUACCCCAGUUUGGACCGGAACUGAUGGUAGGGUGUGAACAUCAUCUCCAUACAUGACUUUACCACAGCCUGCGAGAGGAGGGGCAGCUUUGGGACCACAAAUUCCAAGACCUCUACAGCAUGGACCACAGGGGAGAAAUGAGGAAAAUCACCUUAUGGAAAGUGGCCAUUUUGGGAUUUUGUGGCUGAAUUUGUCAUUUGAUGGAGAUCACAGAUUAGUGAUUGAAGAAUGGAUAAACCAAAUGGAAUCUCAUCCAUUCUUCUGCUUUGCAAAUGAAGACAUCCAGGUUGUUAGCCUUAAUAUCAUUUUUACAACCAAAGUCUCUGGCACAUGGACGGCAUACUAAUUUUAUUUUUGACAUGUUCAGAAUUUCUGAAGCCAUGCAAACAAAGACAAUGAGAAUGACACUUAUGAUUCAGUAAUAUCUCCUGGAAUAUACUUGAAUAUGGACAGAACCCACAUCUCUGGCGGUUACCACGUGAGGUAGCCUCCUGUGAUUGGGAUUUCUUGUUUUUUUUCAUGCGUUGAGCUGGACUGCAAAACAUUUUUUUUUUUACCUCCAACAGAAGUGAUAUGGAGGUAUAAUUAUAGUAUUCCUAAAUGUCACCAAACAAAUCUGGUCAUAUUUUUAGGAUGCUGUACAAACAUCACAGCAAAAAUGAUAAAUGUUAUUCGGCUACUAAAAUAAUCCAACAAAAAGCCAUGGUAUUGUAAUACCAAAAAGGAGGAAAACAAAAACAUGAAAAGAACAUGAUAAACUCACAGUACACAUAGUACAGCCACUAUAAGUCCCUAUGAGAAAAUAGUGACUAAGCCAAGUCUGUAAAUCCAGCAAUGGUUAAAAUGUGGCUUCAGAUAUAUAGUAGUUAAGUAUAUGAAAUACACUGUUGCUGCUUGAAAAGCUAACAGUAGCAGUCUUGGCAAACCAUGCAGUGCUAAUUGUGUGUAGUAGCUGGACUACCUUUUCCCCACUUAGCCUGUAACUGUUAGUUUCCCUGUGAGAGGGUCUGUGUAGGACUGAGCGAACUGCUCCAAAUCUUAUGCUAAUAUUUGUAGCAUGAGAGAGAGAAAAGAGCCAUGCCAAAUAUAACAUGGCUAUUCAGUCUCCAGUUUGGAGGGAACUUUGGCUCCUGGUGGGCUGUGUGUGGUCAGUAGGAUAUUUUAUGCUUUUUUUUUUGUUUCAUGGAAAGUAGCUCCUUAUGUACAUAACUGCAGAUUCAUUGAGUAUGUUUCUACUGUGCUGUAAGAAUUUAUAGGUCUUAUAGAUCUGGAAUAUUUUUGGUUCACUGAGUAAUGUCAGAUUGGCUUCUCCAUGCCUCUGAUUAUGUUAAAUAUUUAAAGAGACUGGUAGCUUGUAAGUAGUAGUUAGGUAUAUUUAUUUAAAUCAGCAGGAGACAUUGUUUGAAAAGAAUCCAGAUUCUGAUGUGCUAUGAAGAGGUUUUUUUUGUCCUGUGAGUAAUUAUGACCCCAGAAUAACUGUGGUGCAUGUUUGAUUUAAAGGUAACAGCCACACAAACACACAAUAAUAUGCUAGGUUACCCUAUGCCUCAUAUCAUUUAACUUCUUAAUUCAAGAAUGCUUGCUGGGGGCUCAGUCAGUAUUGUGCUGAGUUUAACAUGCAUUUACUGUCAACAAUGAUGCAUAUAUCUUAAUGAUGUGAUUCCAUGUUAAAAGCGGGGGGGGGAAGGUCUAAGGACUUUCAGAGACCAUGACUGUAUACAAUUAAAUUAUAACUUUGAGGACAAAUGCAAAACACCAAUAAUAGCCUUGCACAGGAUAAAACUAAAGUGAAAGUCUAUGAAGUGUUAAAUUUAAACAAAUAAAAAUUCAUUAGAGGCAACUUAUUUGUAAGAUAGGUGAAACCAAACAUUACAUAUUAUUGAUUAGUUUUGUGUGCUCUUAUGGUGUUGUAACUGUUAUUUAAUUUACCUUUAUGUAAAUAGCUCAGUGCAUUCUGUAAAUUACAGUUUGUAAUUUUUGUAAAUAUCAUACUUAAUUAGUAUUUGUACUUCAUGAUCAUUCUGUUUAAAUGUUUGUAUACUGUAAACUUUAAAUAUAACAGCUGCUAUUUUGUGUUAGUAAGUUGUUUUAUAUCUAUGAACCUUUCUGAAUUCU